UACCUACUUACUAGUGAUAAAUUGGUAAUGAAAGAUCCUUCAUAUAUCCCAUUAGAAGAAGGCACAUUACAUUACAUGUCCAAAGAAAAGAAAAGAAAAGAAAUGGUUGUCCCCCCGGUCUCUCAUCCAAAAACUUCCCUCAAAUCAUCAUCUACAAGCUUAAACUCGAUGAAGCUGAAGAGCCUAGUACAAUCCUUUAUUUUCUCCCAUUUAUACAGAGCUGUAACGAAAGCGAAAUCAAUAUUAUUUCAACUUGUGAAGAUUAAUGUUGAGUUAGUCCAUCAGGUUUUGAAGAAGAAGAAGAAUAAUAAUGUAAAGUUGUUCCUUGGUUCAUUUAGGCUGCACUAUAAUUGGUGUUCUUCUCAUGUCAUACCAGUGCCUGUCCCAACUGCUUUUGAUGUUUAUUAUGACUCUACCUGGAAUUCUAUCAUUUCUACUGCUUGUGAUGAGUCAGAGCUCUCUGGCUACCUUCAAUGGCUUGAAGACAAGGACAAUAAUGAUAUCGAUAAGCUUGCUGAUAUGUUCAUUGCAAAUUCUCAUGAAAGGUUCAGGAGAAAUUAUAUUGGUGGUGUUCUAGGUUAGAUAAUUCUCUCAUAUUUUGGAAGGUGGAGUUCUUUUUUUUUUUAAUUCCCUUGCUUUUAAUUUAGAGAGGUAUAGUAGGUCUUGUGGGAUAACCAUAGAAUAUAUGAGUACUGAGAAGUAAAAUCUUGUGGGAUAACCAUAGAUGGGUAUGAACUAUGAAGAUCGACUUGUGCAAUUUCUUCUAUGUGACGUAUUAGCGCUAAUAUAUACCUUGAGAUCUGAAAUUUAUUACAAGCCUUCUAUAUACUAUCAACAAUUUGAA